AGAAAAAAAAGAAAAAGGACUGCAGAAGUCUGAUUUUCAGUUCUGCCAAGCGAAACAAGAGACAAUUGAGAAGCUAACUAGUCGAGAAUUUGACAUGGAGAACACUGCCAUAUUGAGGGAAUGGUUUGAUCGAGUUGACUCAGACAGAAGUGGAAACAUAACAGCUCUCCAACUCAAGAGAGCUCUGUCUGUGGGCAACCUCGAAUUUCCCCUCUCAGUUGUUCAGCAGAUGAUCAGGAUGUAUGAUUUCGACAGGAACGGUACGAUGAAUUUCGAAGAAUUUGUUGCAUUGAACAAGUUCCUUCUCAAGGUUCAACAUGCGUUUUCUGAUCUAGAAAGAGGUCGUGGUUUUCUUGUACCUGAAGAUGUACAUGAGGCAUUGGUUAAAGUUGGUUUCAUGCUGGAUUCUCCUGCUUUUUAUACUGUCUGCGAGAGCUUUGAUCAAAGUAAGAAUGGAAGGUUUCGGCUUGAUGACUUCAUAUCUCUCUGUAUAUUUGUACAGUCUGCUCGGAAUCUGUUUAACUCAUUUGAUACAGCGAAACAAGGCAGAGUCACACUUGAUUUUAACCAAUUUGUCUAUUGCACCGGCAAUUGUAGAAUAUGAUUCAAAUAUCUGAUCGGCUGCGAAGAUGACGUGGAUGCUGCAUUUUGUACACGCCUCCAGAGGUUCUUGGAUCAAGCUUUAAUUAUGAUGUCUACGUAAUAUUCUGGAAAAUUUAUGAAAUUGCAAUAUCCAUUUGAAUUUGUUAUAAUAAUUCUCGCGUAGAGCAGAUUUUGUUAUUGGAAUGAGGGCAUGUGAUUGUGAAUAAUGAAGAAUGUGUGACAUGGUCCAUCAUCUGGACGCUCAAGUUUUUCCAUUUUUAAUGGAAUUUUAUUUUUACUUUAAUAAA